AUGGAUGACAAACUCAGUUCCACGGAUAUGAAUGAAAAGAUGGAUGAAAGAAAGCUCCAUGAUUCACAAACAGGACCUUUCACUGACGUGAGCAGUUUUUCAGAGCAGAUCUCCACCGAGGACACUGAACUAUCAUCAGCUGACAUCUCUGUGAAUGUAUUCCCACAGAAAACAAAAGGUGUGGAAGGAGAUGUUGGAUUUGACGUGCUAAAUAAACCAAAGAGUGGAGCCAGCAGAACAGUAUCCAUCCGUGGUGCAUGUUCUGUGGAGGACAACCAGCCUAAGCCUCUUUGUGCCCUGCUGCCGUCCUCGGUGGAGUCCUGCACGGCUCUUGAAGCGAGUCAGUCUUUCACAUCAACCAUCAGGAACCAAGAAAGCCUCAAAACCUCGACUGUUCACAUUGAGCCUGACGGAGAAGACCUUGUUGCUGCGAUCCUUCUGGCCUGCCUCUUCUGCCACCCACUCGACUGUCUAUUGGCCACGUUGAGAGGAUUUAAUGGGUGUGUCUGGUCGCUGUGUUCGUCCCUGUGUGGCUGUGAACCCACCACCAUGCAGCCUCUCCUGGACGCCACCAACCACUGCGACCUCUGCGGGUGUCUGGGUGUUCGCUGCUUCUUGUGCGACUGUCCCGUCUGCGACAUUUGCCUCCAGGCGACAGAGUGCCUGGACCUCGCUAUGGAAAUCUCUCAAAUGCUUUAUCACUGACGUUUGCUGCCAGAAAA